AUGUCGGUGUCUAAGUUCGGUGAUGACUUCGCGUCCGGUCGCUUCAUUUUCGAGCUGACAAUUCAUGAGAUUCGUCUGUCUUGCAAACACUCGAUAGAUGUCGACCUGAUAUGGACAGCGGGCAAGCAGCGUAGCCAAACUGGCGCCGUCAUAACUCUGUUGCCCAACGUGUCAACUCACAAUGUCGACCAAAAGCUGUUAAUACACCAGACGGUCAGCAGCAACCGUCCGUCGUUGAAGUCCCUGAUUCAGGUGGUGGUUGCGCACCGUUACGUGAAGUCUGAGGUCCUCGCUGAAUGCGUCAUCGAUUUGGCGGAUUUGUUUCAUGUCAAGCACAAGAGCGCCAUUAGCGUUCCACUGGACACCAAGCUGGACGCCGAAGCCAGUUUGACCUUUUCCGUGAUGGUGACAAACUUCUCCUUUCCCGGUUCGUUCCACACGGUCGCUUCUUAUUGCGGUUUAGAGGACUCUGCUGUGGAGUCUUCCACUCUGUCGUCGGUUGCGGAGAGCGUUUUGGAAUACCAGGGUUUAAACGCGACUGGUGAGGGCACGGGCUCCCGGCCUAACGGGCUGCGCCGCCUGGAGAGUACUGACAUUUACCGGACCAUAAACAAGAUGGCAACCAAGCUCUCGCGCAUCGAGAGCGACAUCCAGCGGAAAACGUUGAAGCUUCACAAGAUAAAUCGCAAGAACCUGGACGGGGUCAACGGCAUCCGCUCUCGCCUGGAGAACCAGAUAGCGUUGAAGGACCAACAGAUUCGGAUCCUCACGAUCCAGCUGGACGAGAUGCACACCGCCCUUGCGCUCUCCCACGAGCGCGAGUUGGAGCUGGGCGGGUUCGUGAUUGGUCGCCGGGAGUUUAGCGGCAACGACACUUUGGAAUUCCGCGAAACGGGCCUGUCGAAGGUGGGUGGCUUCACGGAUUCCUCGAGCCUGCGCUACGAUUUCCACCGCAACGGAAGCGCCGCCGGGAGUUCCAUCAGGGGCUCAGAGCGCCACUUAACGAAAUAUGAUGGGGCGGGCGCGCGGUUCACGAACAAGGACGACCAGCUGUCGCUGCUCCAUAACCAGCGGCGCACUCCGAGCUGGCACUCGUGCGACAAUGCCGAGGACCUGAACCGCCGGAUGCCGCACCUAGGUACCCAGGUUAGCAAGAGCGGAUACGGCGACACUGUUACCUCUGGAGUUAUGCCCGCCAACGCCCGCUGUGAGAAGCAGGUGGUGCCCUUGUCGUGGGUGAAAGGGACAAUAUCAAGUGAUUUAAACGCGUCCCGCGGAAUAGGGCGCAGCACCAGUGCCACGAAUCCCGUGACAACUGCGUUGCCCUUCGUCGGUCAGCGCGCAUCUAUGGAUCGCAAGGCCACCCCGUUACUCAGCGCCUUACAGCGCGGCAGCGGCCGUGAGAUUCAGGCCUCCAAGGCGAGCAUCAUUCGUGAGCUGCGCGCGCCGUGCACGACGGCUCUUCCGCUCGGGAAGGCGCCUUCGUUGAUUAAGCGCAAUCCAGGAGCUAGGUUGCCCCAGGAGGCCGGCGCGGUGAUGCCUGAGCUCCCCAGGAGCACUAUCCGCCCGUCGGCGCAUUCCGCCGCCGGCGCUGCGGCCGUGGUCGCCUCCACUCCCGCGCAGCAGCCGGCGGCCGCCAGUGCGAAAGCCGGAGCGGAGAAAGCCACCGCCGCUGAGGUUGCCGAUGACCGCGACACGACGAUCGUCCGCCUCGAACGUGACCUGAUCUCCACGAAGGUGGCACUGGCCGACAGCGAGACCCAGCGCGACAUCGAAAUCGCCAAGUUCCUCACCGCCACGGCGCACACCUAG